UGUGUUAAAAUUCUUUUCGUUGAAAACACAUAAAAUCAUCAAAUCAACGGAAUUUGAGGAUGAUGGUAAUAUAGUCAGCUUGAAUUGUAAUGAACGAGUCAUUGUUGUAAGUCUCGGUAAUCCGGCGAAACUUCAUGUUAUUUCAUCAUCAACUUUGCUACCAUUGCCUUUUUCACCGUUGCAAGACGUUGCAACGCAUCCUUCUACCCGUGUUCCAGUGUUCGCCUUAGGGCCUCGAUUAUUGGCCUAUGCAACAACGAGUCAUCCUCCAGAAAAUAAUGUUAAAAAGGAUGGCUACGUGAUGAGUGACAGUGAUGAGGAAGUUAGGGCAAUGGGGAAAUAUCGAGUUGCCAAGGAUGUUGCAAAAGAAGUUGUUAAUGGUGUAAAGCUUUUAGGCGAUUAUGGAUACCAGACACUUUCUUCGUACUUUAAUAACUCAAAUCCACAGACCUCCUCGUCAAUAAAAUCACAACCUACUAUGCCAAUAAAUAUAAACAAUCACGCCGAUGCGAUGGGUCAUGUUUCACGUG